AAGCCAACUAGUCAGCCAUGUUCUUUUAUAGUUAAAUGAUAAUGGUCAGCCACCUCGGUAGCUUGCUAGCUGAAACAUUGAAGCUCUUUACACUCGUUCAUGUACAUUAUCCACUGUGUUUUAAACUCACUUCUUCUGUCGUCUAGCUAGUUAUCCCAUUUAAUUUCAUAUGUGCAUUGUUGUUAUUAGUCAGCUAACCGAGCUGGCUGGUUAAGUUAGCAUUAGCCCAGCUAGCUAACAUCUCUGACCAUGAGUUCACUGAGCUGCUCUCCUGAUGAAGAAGAGGAGGUCUGCUGGACGGAGAAAGAGGGUCUGUGGCUGAAUGUUGUUGUGAAAGAAGAAGAGGAAGAGGAGGAUGUCACAGUAACAAAAGUAGAGGAUGAGGAUGUUGCAGUGAAAGAAAAAGAGGACGAGAAAGAGGACGAUUCCGAUUUUGGAGAGGAGGGAGACAUAACUGGUAUAUUGGAAGAAGAAGAAGAGGAGGACGAGGAUCUGAUUAACCCCAGAGAGAGACGUGACUAUUGUGGAUCCUCUGGGGAGCCUCAACAACAUCCUGAAGCUGACGAGGCAGAGGAGAGUCUCUUCACAUCAGAACACCUCAAGAAACACCAACGGAAACACACAGGGAAGAAACUUCACCGCUGCUCUGACUGUGGGAAGAGUUAUUCAAGAUCAGAUUCACUAAAAGUACACCAGAGAAUUCACACUGGAGAGACAUCUCACUGCUGCUCUGACUGUGGGAAGAGGUUUACCUCUUCAGCAGACCUCAAAAGACAUCAGAGAAUCCAUACAGGAGAGAAACCUUAUAGCUGUGAUCAAUGUGGGAAGAGUUUUAAUGUUCCAAGCAGCCUAAAAACACACCAGAGAACACACACAGGGGAGAAACCUUAUAGCUGCGCUGACUGUGGGAAGAGUUUCUCAAAAUUAUAUACAUUACAAUCACACCAGAGAAUUCACACUGGAGAGAAACUUUAUAGCUGCUCUGACUGUGGGAAGAGUUUUUCAAAAUUAUAUACAUUACAAUUACACCAGAGAAUUCACACUGGAGAGAAACUUUUUAGCUGUGAUCAAUGUGGGAAAAGGUUUACUCACUCAAGCUGCCUGAAGGUACAUCAGAGAACACACACAGGAGAGAAACCUUAUAGCUGUGAUCAGUGUGAGAAGAAAUUUGUUACAUCUAGCAGUCUGACUAUACACCGGAGAUCUCACACAGGAGAGAAACCUUAUAGCUGUGAUCAAUGUGUGAAAAGUUUUACUUCAUCUAGCCAUCUGACUGUUCACCAGCGGACACACAAGAGAGAAACCUCAUAGCUGUAAUCAAUGUGGGAAGAGUUUUAGCCAAACAUCCUGAUAUCACACCAGAGAACACACACAGGAGAGAAACCUCAUAGCUGUAAUCAAUGUGGGAAGAGUUUUAGCCAAACAUCCUGAUAUCACACCAGAGAACACACACAGGAGAGAAUUCUUAUAGCUGUGAUCAAUGUGGAAAGAGAUAUGCUGGUAAACUUUUGAAAAUACAUACAUGAAGUUGUUUCAUGAUAUCAAUAAAAUGUCACAAUGUAGAAUGUUAUUUAACAUUGUAGUAGGAGUAUUUUAAUGAUGUCACAAUGUAGAAUCGUAAACGUUUGACCCCCUGUUCUAUUGAUUUCAGCGUGAUAUAGAUAUUAGCCUCGGGAUGAAUCCAGGCCUCAUCAGGGGAAGUAAUGAGUACUAUUUAUUUGAUUAACAAGAAAAAAAGAGUUGUUACACUUGGCGCCCCAUUUGAAUGAGAAUACAGCACUUCAAAAUGUAGCGAGCUGUUUUCUGCAGGUUGUCCUCUAACCAGUGAGGUAAAAUAUAUCUCCCAUUUCUGUGUGUUUUUUUUAGUUGUGUUAGAUUCAACAGCACAUACAACCUGAUUUCCCCCCUAAAAGAUGUUGUCAAAACAACAGCGUAAUUAAUAUACUUACUGACUUUAUUGUCCCCAUGGGGAAAUUUACACAUUUAAAGUGGCAUUUAAAUACAAAACAAGAUUGACACACACACACACACA